AUGGGACCUCAAGAUAGUCCUUACGCAGGGGGAGUAUUUUUGGUUACCAUCCAUUUCCCCCCUGAUUACCCAUUCAAACCUCCAAAGGUUGCUUUCCGGACUAAAGUUUUUCACCCAAAUAUAAACAGCAAUGGCAGUAUUUGCCUUGACAUCUUGAAGGAGCAGUGGAGCCCUGCCUUGACAAUUUCGAAGGUGUUGCUUUCGAUUUGUUCGCUUCUGACGGAUCCAAACCCGGAUGACCCCCUCGUGCCAGAAAUUGCUCACAUGUACAAGACUGACAGGGCCAAGUACGAGCAAACUGCACGGAGCUGGACUCAGAAGUAUGCAAUGGGAUAG